AUGCAACGACUUGUACUCGCUAUUUGCUGCUGUGCAGCAGUAGUUUGGGCCGAUGCCAAGUCCGGCGAGGAGACUCCACAAUAUUGGCGAGCGAUUCUUGGCGAUAUUUGCCAAUUACCUUCAUUUCCACGAGCGACCGGCGACCCUCACCGAUAUGUGGAGUGUGUUCGACAAAGUUCCUUGGCAGCUGAUCGGAAAGAUCUCGGUAUUUGGCUGCUCCGAGAAUGCCUUCCCGGUUUCGAAUUCGUCGCAUCGGCUCGACGUUGUAAGACGAUUCGUUCAGUGAAACGACAACUGGAACUGUGCGGAUCCGCUAACUCUUCCCUGUACCAGUUCUGCCCCUCCAAGAGCGGCACUGAGGUGAGCCGUCCGGAUUCUGCUGCUUAUUUCUUGGCCUUUUUUUCUUACUUGAUGAACAAAGCUCUAUGA